GGACACGCCGCACCGCUGCUCCUGUCGUGUGAGUCCGGCCGACGAGCAACUGAUUUCUGGAUGAUUCUCCGCGGCUCCACGAUGAGUUGACCGGGGAAGAAAAAACGUUGACUAAUUAAGUUUUCAUUAAGAUGAGAGAAAUCUGCCUGCCAGCAGCAGAGAGGAGUAAAACAGCCUCGGAGGAAAGCUAACCCACGAAUGGCCUGCCAGUCUGUCGCUGCAAUCAUGGACGAGCAGGCCCUGCUGGGGCUCAACCCGAACGCCGACGCCCGCUACAGGCAGAGGGCUAUGGCAUACUUUGAGCAGCUGAAGGAGUCUCAGGACGCCUGGGAGGUUUGUGCCGAGGCCCUCGCUAAAGGAAUUUACAAUGACGACCAUGUGAAGUUUUUCUGCUUCCAAGUUUUGGAACAUCAGAUAAAGUUCAGACACGCUGGUCUGAGUGCAGUUCAGCAGCAGCUCAUCAGAGAGACUCUGAUGAAGUGGCUGCAGUGUCAGCUGAUGAAUGCCCAUCCGGAGAAGCCGUUCAUCAGGAAUAAAGCGGCCCAGGUGUUCGCCCUCACCUUCGUCAUGGAGUAUCUGACCCUGUGGCCCAAGUUCUUCUUCGACAUCCUGUCCCUGGUGGGUCUGAACCCUCAUGGUGUCGACAUCUACCUGAGGACGCUCAUGGCCAUUGACGCUGAGGUGGUGGACAGAGACAUCCUCCACUUACCUGACGAGACCCGUAGAAACACCUUAAUCAAAGACCGCAUGAGGGAGCAGUGCAUCCCCAGCCUGGUGGAGUCCUGGUUCCAGAUCCUGCAGACCUACCAGCAGUCCCACCCGGAGCUCACCUGUCAGUGUCUGGAGGUGGUGGGAGCGUACGUGUCCUGGAUCGACCUCAACCUCAUCGCCAAUGACCGGUUUGUGAACUUGCUGCUGAGUCAGAUGUCUGUGGAGGAGCUCAGAGAGGAGGCCUGCGACUGCCUGUUUGAAAUAGUCAACAAAGGGAUGGACCCCGUGGACAAAACCAAGCUGGUAGAGUCUCUGUGCCAAGUCCUGCAGUCUGCUGGAUUCUUCAACGUGGAACAGGAGGAGGACGUGGACUUCCUGGCCAAGUUCUCGCGGCUGGUGAACGGGAUGGGUCAGAGUCUGGUGCUCAGCUGGACCAAACUGAUCAAGACCGGUAACGUGAAGGACUCCGCGGAGACGCUGCAGGCCGUGGAGAACAAAGUGCCGCUGCUGCUGCAGCUGCUGGUGCACGAGGACGACGACAUCUCGGCCAACAUCGUCGGCUUCUGCUACGAGUACCUGCACGUCCUCAAACAGCUUCCUCAGCUGACAGACCAGCAGAAAGCAAACAUUGAGGCGAUCAUGCUGGCCGUCAUGAAGAAACUGACGUACGACGACGAGUACAACUUUGAAAACGAGGGAGAGGACGAGGCGAUGUUUGUGGAGUACAGGAAGCAGCUGAAGAUGCUGUUGGACCGUCUGGCUCAGGUGUCUCCAGAGCUGCUGCUGGAGGCCGUACGCCGAGUUUUCACCAACAGCAUGCAGAACUGGCAGACCGCUCAGUUCAUGGAGGUGGAGGUGGCCAUCAGGCUGCUCUACAUGCUGGGUGAAGCUCUGCCUGCGUCCCAUGGCGCCCAUUUCUCCGGAGACACGGCGAAGACGAGCGCCCUGCAGGACAUGAUGAGGACGCUGGUGUCCUGCGGUGUGAGCGGCUACCAGCACAGCUCCGUGUCUCUGGAGUUUUUUGAAACGGUUGUUCGAUAUGAUAAAUUCUUCAUCGUGGAGCCUCAACACAUCCCCAGUGUUCUGAUGGCGUUUCUGGACCAAAGAGGACUGAGACACAACAGCCCGAAGGUCCGCAGCCGAGUGGCCUACCUGUUCUCCAGAUUCAUCAAGACUUUACAUAAACACAUGAAUGCCUUCAUUGAGGACAUCUUGACCAGAAUCCAGGACCUGCUGGAGCUCGCUCCUCCUGAAAACGGUUUCCUGGCGCUGCUGACCAGCGACGACCAGCUGUUCAUGUUUGAGACGGCGGGCAUCCUGAUCGUGAACGGCGAGAGCCCCGUAGAGAGGAAACAGGCGCUGAUGAGGAGCCUGCUGUUGCCGCUGAUGGACGCUUUCCGCCUGCUGCUCGCCAAACUGUCGCAGGAGACGGACGAGGAGAGGCAGACCGCCCUCGCCGACUGUCUGAGCCACGCUGUUGGCUUCGCCAGUCGCACCAGCAAGGCCUUCAGCAACAAGCAGACGGUGAAGCAGUGCGGCUGCACGGAGGUCUACAGAGACUGUCUGCAGACCUUCCUGCCGGCGCUGAGCUGUCCCGUCCAGCGGGGGACGCUGCGCAGCUCGGUCCGCUCCUUCCUGCACCGAAUGAUCAUCUGCAUGGAGGAGGAGGUGCUGCCCUUCAUCCCCGCCGCCUCGGAGCACAUGCUGAAGGACUGCGAGGCCAAAGACCUGCAGGAGUUCAUCCCGCUCAUCAGCCAGAUCACCGCCAAGUUCAAGCGGCAGGUGUCCCCCUUCCUGCAGCAGGUCUUCAUGCCGCUGGUGCUCGCCAUCUUCGAGGUGCUGGCCCGGCCGGCGGAGGAGAACGACCAGGCGGCGGCUCUGGAGAAACAGAUGCUGAGGAGGAGCUACUUCGCCUUCAUCCAGACGAUGGCAGGAAGUGGGAUGAACGAGGUGAUGGCCAAUCAGGGAGCAGAAAACAUCGAGCGAGUUGUGUUCACCAUCAUCCAGGGAGCCGUGGACUUCCCCGACCCCAUCGCUCAGAAAACCUGCUUCAUCAUCCUCGCCAAACUGGUGGAGCUGUGGGGAGGUAAAGACGGCAUGGUGGGUUUCCCCGACUUCAUCUACAAACACAUCGUUCCUGCGUGUUUCCUGGCUCCGCUCAAACCGACCUUUGACCUCUCAGACGCUCAGACAGUCCUGACGCUGUCAGAGUGUGCGCUCACUCUCAAAAUGAUUCAUCUCAAAAGGGGGCCGGAGUUCAUUCAGUUUCUGCAGCACGAGUAUCUGCCCUCUCUGCAGGUCUCACCUGAAAUCUCACAGGAACUUUGUCAAGUGCUUCAGCAGCCGGACAGCAAAGUCCUGAAAAACUACAUAAAGGCGUUCUUUCAGCGAGCCAAACUCUAGGAAAUAAAACUGGAAGUUCAUUUUGGACUGAAAGGACACUCACAGGAAGUGGUCGUGCACGCCACUCACAAUAACAACAACAACAACAAAAAAACGGACCUUAGCAUAGGAGCUGCUUUUGCACGAACCCAUAACAAAGUCUGUCUGGAGUCGGGACGUGGACAGACGCUCGGCGGACGGAUAAAUCCCUUCGGCCGCCGACGAGACGAGCUGUCCACGAGGACUAAAGGAGCUCGAAUGAUGAUCAGAAAAAGUUGAAGCCUUUGAGCGGAAAAGGCUUUUAGAGGUAAACGUGAAUCUGUGGGAGAAAACGCUUCCUGUCUGGAAAACAUUUGGUAAUUAUCCCGAAACCAUCCGAACACCCGAAGCUUCGAAGUCGAACCGUCUCGUUAGAAACCACAUUUCAAAAAAUGCUAGAUUUACAGGUUUAUUUGGGCGAUGUUGCUGCCACAGAAUGGACAGAGAAUAAGGGCUGAAUUGUAUUAUUUUAUUCAAAAUGUGGCUUUUUUUUUUUUUUUUUUUUUUAAUAUGUUGAGAAUUUUAAGUUUGAAGUGAAACACUUUUACAGUUGAACGGCCUCAAACUUUCAGGUUUAUUUCAAAUCAUCCACUGACUUUAUUUCCCCUAAAUACUCAAUUUAACAUAAAAUGUUAUCUUCUUUAUAUUUGCUACCUGACGAGAUGUAAAUACUCAACAUUUCAGCCCCUUUCUGAUGAGCUUGCGAUAAAAUUGAAGACCUGAUAAAAGUCCACGAAAUAUUUUUGUUGCCUGGAAAUGUGACAAAUAUUUUUAAUUUCAGAUGGAAAUGAACUUAAAAUGGAGGAACAAAAUGUAAAUAAGAGAAUAAGAUGUUUAAAAAUGUAAAUAAGGUUCCUAGGUUUAGUUUUUUUUUUUUAAUCUUCGUUCCCAUCUGGAAACUAAAUAUGGAAGAUCAUUUCUGCCAGAAAAAAAAAAAAAAAGGAUGAGAAGUGAGAAAAAAUGAAAAUACUUGUUAAGUCAGUAUUAGGAGAUACUAAAUAAAAGUCAACUUACUACAAAGAAUUUUGACACAAAUGUCACUUAGUAUUGCAUAAUUGUGAGAUUACAAGUUAUUUUUUUCGUCAUUUUGAGUGUCUAGUUCUAUCUUCAACGAUCUUGCAAAUCUCAUAAUUUUGACUGAAAGAGUAAAACUUACUUUUGAAGUGGUAAAAUUUAGUGCAUCGGACUGACUUUGACAUCUAAUUUUGACAGAUAAAUUGUAUUUGUGGGUUAAUAAGUCAUGACGAUGACUUGCUAUGAGAAUUUUUUUUUAUUUACCGUGAUUUUUUUUGUAAAAUACUUUUGACUUAGUCUUAUUUUGAUCUCAUAAUUUUUGCCCAAAAGAAAUUUCCGACUUUAUCAUAUCUGUUACUUCAUAAUUUGACUUUUCUAAAUAUCAUAAUUGUGACUUAAAGUAAAAAUUACCUAGUAAUACCUAGUAAAUCUCAAAAUCUUGAUUUAGUAUCUCAAAAUGUUGACAUGGUAGAGGUGAAAAUAUUAUAGAAACAGUUGACUUAUAAUUUUGGCCUACUAAACCUCACAGUUCUGACUUUAAACAUCUUAGUCAUGCGUUCAUAAAUAUGACUUAUUUAUGUUUUUCUUAUUUUCAAUCUACUUUUUUUUUUUUCUCGGCAGUGAUGAACUUCCGUAGCAACACGUUAACUCAUUACAAGAAACAUUCAUGUACAGCUCAUGUAAAAAAAAAAGAAGAAGAAAGAAACAAAAAGAUUUUGUCCGUGUAUGGAAGCAGCUUGAUUUUAAUUUUGUAUUCAAGCGUUUGUGACAAUUCAGGAUCAUCGACUAAUUGAUUAUGCAAACGCUUCAUUGCGAUCGAUACUGUGAAGGAGCUGUAACGAAACCAAUCGGUGUGAGAUGAUGAGAUCGAACUGUAAAAUGCGAAACUGUUUGAUUAUUUUUGCGUUUUCAACCGUUAACUGUACAGAUGCCUCUGCUCUUCAGAAUUUUGGAUAUUGUGACGCCCCAUUUGGUUCUGUCUCAUUGUUCGUGUCAAAGCUGCAGAAAAAUAUUUUCUGUUUCCACAGUUUAUGUUUGGUGCAUUCGUUGUAAUUUGGUAUAUAUAAUUACAGCUUUAAAUUUCUUAUGUUUUCCCAGAAUUUUUUGGAAAACCGCUGGAGAAAAGUGCCUCAAAGUGUCACAUUUAAGUAAAAGUGGCCAUAAAAACAAAGCUAGUUUCAAGUAUAAGUCCAGUUGUUGUACAUUUUUCAAAUAGUCAACAAAUCCCACAAAAUUUAAACAAAUCACAAUUAUAUGGUUUAUUUUUUUUUUUAUUGUUAGUCAGUCAUUUACUGAAACAAGAGAAAAAGGUGGAUUUAUUGGACUAUUUUCAGUGGUGGAUUAAUCCACAGUAGGAGGUGAUUAUAGUUGUAUGGGUUUUUUAAAAAUUUUGUUUAUUGAUUUUCUAUUAAUUACAAACGUUUAGACGAUAUGUUAGAGGUAUCAUUUUGUGGUUGGUUAGGCUGGGAUUUGCUGACAAAAAGAAAUAUGUAGAAUAUCACCAAACUUAUCCUUAAACUCACCAAACAUAUCCUUAAUAAUAAAACAUUUUCUCAUUUGCAACACGUUACUUAAUUACUAAAAUUAAAAAGCUCUUAAUUUCAUUCAAAAACCCCAACAAAAUCCAACAUUAACUUGAUGUUUAUAAAGCUGCAAAAUUAAAGUCAGUUAAACUUAAAUCGUAACCUUGGAGACAGAAGUUUGACAAAAUAAAACUCAGUAAAGGUUCACUAAACGGCUAAAAAGGAAGAAGCUAACGAGGGGACCUUGAGUUAAGAUGUUUUUGUCAAAACAGAUUAAGCUAAUGUUACAAAACUGUCCGAAAAAACCUUGUCUUGUUUUUGUUAUUUCUGUAAAUUGUCGUAAAAAGCAGGUUUUUUUGCCGUCUAGGUUCAGAUAAGAAAAUGGAUAUCAGUUUUUUUUCUCGGGUACAGUACGGAUUUCAGUUUAGCUUAGCUUAGCACAAAGACUGAAAACGGAGGGAAACUAGCAAACUGCUAACUUAGCUAGAGGAAUAGUUCAAUGUUUUUUUACGUUUUUAAGAAUGAAAUUUUGAAUUGAAUAUCAAUAUUAUAUCUGUUUGUCCAGUACGGAGAAGAAAUGUGGACAUGGUUAGCUUAGCUAAGCAUAAAAACUAAGCAGGGGGAAAUUGCUAACCACAUUCAAACAACACCAAGGAUAUUUUAUUUAAAUUUUUGUUUUGUACAAUGCUGGGAUGUGGUUAACCUAGCUUACCAUAAAGACUUGAAGCAGGGUGAAAAGGUUAGCCUAGCACCAUCAAGAGAGACAAAUCAUUUUCCUUUAAACAACUUCAGAGCUUCUUUGGUUAGCUUUGCCUAAAGAUUUGAAGCAGGGGGGAUUUGUUACCGUAGCUUCAUUAAAAAAAAUCACCUUCAAACAACUCAAAAGCUGUUUGUUGGACAAAUUUUUCAUUUGGAGUUAAGACAUCGUUAGCUUAGCUUAGCUUCUUAACUUAGCUUAGCAUAAGGACUGGUAGCAGUGGGAAACUUAGCGUAGCUCCAUUAAAAUAGAUAGAAAUUCAUUGUCAAACGACUUUAAGGCCGUUUGAUUGACAUUAAUGUUUAAUUUGGAGUUAGGACAUUGUUAGCUUAGCUUAGCACAAGACUGGAAGCAGGGGGAAACUGUUAGCCUAGCUCUACCAAAUGAGAUAAUAUCUUAAACUGUUUGAUUUACAUGCUCUCUCAUACAAAGUUAGGAUGUGGUUGUAUUAGCUUAGCAUAAAAACCAAAAGCGCUAGGCUAGCUCCAUCAAAAGAUAUUAACAUCACCUUCAAACAACUCCAAACCUGUUUGAAUUCGUACGGACAUGGUUAGAGUUCAAAAACUGCUAACUAAGUAAUACUUUAGAACUUGUUUGGGUAAUUUGUAGUUUCUUUAAUUCAUACACAAACAGAAAAGUUAUUUUUAAAAAAAUCACAAUUUUAGGUUUUAGGGGAACUGCUGGAACUAUUUUAUGCUAAGCUCGGCUAACCACGUAGAUACUGUUCUUAAUACACCCAACAGUGUAUUAAUAUCUACUUGAAUAAAUAAGUAAGCACUUGCUUAUUUAUCAUAUAAUAUUCUUCUGAAAUAUUGAACUAUUCCUUUUAAAAUAUUUUCAGUUAAGCCACAGUUUGGACUCCGUACGAAUCUGUUACAACACUAAAGCACCGUCACACAGUCAGGAUCAGCACUUCCCCCGCACUUAAUUCACCUGUUAACUUAUUUACACAAAGUCAAAUCAACUUGAAUGACAGACGUCUCCUCACAAACACCUCGAAUAAUAUUUUAUUGUGAUUGUUCGUCAUCGUACCGUCGUAGUAUUCACGCAGACACUAGAAGUCUUUUCUCCUCCUGCGACCCCACUAAAGUAGAAUCUGCUGUUUUUUCGAAGAACGUGACAAAUGAAUAAAGGUUUUUGAUGAAUUUUCCAGGUUGUUUCAGUUUUUUUUAUUUUAUUUUCAGCAAACCGAGAGGAGAACUAAGGUUUCACAAAAAAAAAACUUGCCAAAUUGAUGAAUUUGUUCAUUGAUGGUGAAAUGUGUUGAAAUCUGGAUUUCUUUUUUGUUUUGUUUUGAUAUGAAGAUAAACCUGUUAGGAACAUCUGUUAGAACCAAUAAAGUGUUUACUAAUCAUAAUAUCAAAA